GGUCAGGAUUCAGCCGCUCGUCUGCUCAUACACAUACACAUACACAAAUACACAUACAGAUACAGACUGCAUAUGUAUCAUGAAUGCCAAACUCCUAUAUCAGCGCACAUAAAACAACGUCAGAACCAACGUGCUCGGGCGAACUCCUUCCAAGCCCUCCCAGACAAGAAGACAAGGCAGGCCAAACGUUGCGAAACCGACGACACUUUCCGUAGAAAUUCCGGUCAUACAAAAAAGGCAAGAUGCGUUGAACAAUAACAAGUACGACCGAAGGCAUACGUUCGAGGCACAAGUUUAGGGAAGAAUCGGGCACAGAAAGGCAGAGGGAGUUGGAUCGCGAACGCCCCGAUUUUGGAAACCAAACCCUAGGCAGCAUGGAGAACCACCAGCCAACCGUCGAUGAGCCAUUCUUUUCGGUGUCAACAACAGUACCAGCACUAGCACCAGCGAAGGUGGUGAACCCAGGCUUCAUCCCGCUGGUCACCGUGGUUGGAUUUCACCAUGCGAGGUAGGCCAAUCCGGCUGCUGCGUUGGCAGACACAACGAGACAAGGGAGCUGACUAGAAGCACAAUGUAGAGGUCCAGAGGUAGAAACUUGGUUUGGCGUAGACGAGGGUGUUGAUCCCGCACUCGACAAUGACUGGUCUCUAUUACCCUUUAUGGCAUUGAGUGAUGGAGCGCAUGCGUGAGCCCCUCUUCCCUGCCUCUGGCUCUGCACUUCAAGAAGAUAUCUAAUAUCUGGUCAAUGAUGCAGCUCCUCCGAAGAUUUCUCCUACUUCACCCUCCUCAAACCGGCUAAAGAUAAUGCCCCAGCAACUUCCCUUUUCGGCAUAUCAUGUACAAGGCAAUUGGACGCUUCUAUGCUCAUAAAUCGCCCAGCAGAUGUGACGAGAUCCACGGUCCAGAAAGCAGUCGUGGUAAUAGCUGACUCGCCUCAAUUUUUCGGUAUGCUGCGAGAAAGAAUGUCGGUAGUAACCACCGCCUGGUUUGCACAGAGAGAAUUCACGGAUACGGAGAUCUUGAAGCGAUUCCAAGAAAGUCUGCAGGAGGAGAAAGAGAGAGGUGUGGGCUUAGCUGAGGAAGAUCGUGAAGAAUAUCUGGGAAUGAGUCUGAGAGUGUUAGUAAAGGAGUUCAAAUGGCAGACUUUAGUGCUCUUCAAGUGCUGUUUGUUGCAACCAAAGGUAUCUUUUGGAAUUGAUGAUGCAGUGUGAAUUGGCGCUAACUUGAUAGAUGCUCUUCUUUGGAUCCAGAUGUGAGAAAUUAUGCAUGAUGCAAUUCUCCCUAAUAUCAUUGAUACCAGGUCUCAUUCGAAAUCUUCAGGAUUGUGCGGAUCCAGAACUAGAAAACUAUGAGAAGCAGUUGGUUAAGCCAGCAAGUUUGAAGACGAGCGACCGAAGUUCAUUGUUAUCUUAUAUGGGAUUGCCGCUUCAGAUUUUUGGGAAAGUAAGAAAAAUACCUCCACACGCCUACGAGUUCCGCACUAAUCAGUUUCUUAGGGAAGUCUCUAUGGUCCCUAUACCCCCUUGCAACAACUGGAUAUACUGGCGGAUUAUGGUACCAAAUCUUAUAUUGUUGGAUCCACCAAUUCCCUCCUUUUACAACAAAAAGAUCGUUAUAGCGAUAUUCUUAUCAACCUGGACGAAAUGACGAUAAACGUCACUUCUAGCUCUCUUCGAGCGGCUCUCACUUUAUCUGCUGCCGAUCGUCGAUGGAUGGACUUUCUUACACAGUCUGUGAACGAAACUUGGGAUGAAAAUAAUCCUGGUCGACCCAAGACUAUGGGAUACGUUGGAUCCGAAGAAUUCAUACGAUUGCAGUUUGAAGAAUAUCUUCUCUCUCUCAUAUCGUCCGUUAAAUGCCACAAUUAUCUCAAACACCAUGCUCAUAAUCCAAGGGCGAUGCUUCCUCAUGUCGAGGGCGAUCCCGCUCUUGACUUCGGUUCCGAUUGGAUAGAAGCGUGGUCAAGAAGUGAGAAUUAUAGGAUAUGGGAGAGGAACACCGACUCGCACCUCUUCGAUAUUGUGGAACCCAAACAUCCUUGUGCAGGUGGUCUUACAAUUGAUGAUGUUCAGCGCCGAAUUGCCGAACAGGUCAAAGAAUUCCACCUCGACGAAAGAUUUGCUGUUGGUAAGGAGCUUCUCGGGAAGAAUUUAGCUGCAGGAAAGGAAAAGGCCAGCACAGUAUUCAACAAGCUUUAUGCGGACAUGGAGGCAUUAAAAGAGAGUCAGCGAAGAAAGCAAGAAGAAGCAAGACUUCAAGCAGAGAAAAAUGGUGCUUCUGUGCCAAGUCCAGCACCAGAUCUAAAUGGCGCCAAACAGACUGUACAGAGCGUUGGAAGCAAGGCCGGCGCGUACAUCGGUAGCUGGGGAACAUGGAUGGGCGAGAAGAGGAAAAGCGGCUGGGGUGCGAAAGCCGCUCCAACCCCACCAAACAACUCCAAAGAAAACUUUCCAUCUCCGCCACGAAAUGAGAAAUCUACCGAAUUUUCGACGCCAAUAGCAAAAUCAGACGACAGACCGAAGACCUCAGAGAGUUACCAUGAAAGCAUAUUCGAUGCAGAAGAAUCCAUCGACAAUGUCCAUGAAGCCAAACCAUCGGUAAAGUCACCCCACAGAAACUCCAAGUUUCAUGAGGAAAUGGAUGGCUUUGCAAUGCCAGUUCCUGAGAAAGUAUCAGCGGAAGCGAAUUCCGCUAUUGGGUCCAGCCCAGAACCAUCGCCGAAGGAGCAAGCGCCAAAAAUCGCGCGGAAGAUGGUCCCACUACCGAUUGAAUCUGAAGAAUCAAAAGCAUGGGGAGAGGAACUGCCAACGAAAAUGAAUGCAUCUGAGAGAAACAGCGCUGUAGCAGAAGCAAUUGAAAAUGCAACAGCAACUCCUAUCUCACCAUAGAUUUGGUAGGUAUACGAAUUUAAUGAAGUCAUUCUGGGUCGCGGAAAGGUAGCAUCGAAUGCAUUUGGGAAGAUCAAUUGCUCGGGUUGGCGUUUGGCGUUGGCGGGUGUAGAUAAGGGUACAUACGAUCUGUUAUGAAAAUACGACAAAUAUAAACCUGCUUUGAAAAGUUGUUUGUAACCGUUGAAAAAACGAAAGACUGC